AUGUCUGACCUCAGAUCGUCGUUGAAUGGCAAGAUUGCUCUCGUUACCGGCGGAGGCUCAGGCAUCGGCUUGGGCUUCGUACGAAUGGCAAUCGAAGCAGGUGCAAGAGUGGUAGUAGCUGACUUGCGUCUUUCCGAAGCACUUGCAGCAACAAUCGGAGCUUCAAACGAACAGGCAAAGUUUGUCCAUACCGAUGUUAGAAAGCGCGGUGAUCUCGAAACCGCCAUUGGCUUCUCGCUGCAAAUCUUUGGCGAUGUUCCGGAUAUCUAUGUUGCCAAUGCUGGAGUUUUUGAACCUAGCGCGAAAGCUAACGAGUCUCCAAAGCAAUGGUCAAACUUUUGGCUAGAUACAGAAGGAGACUCGUACGCAACAGCCGAGAUCAACUUUACACACCCUCUCAAACUGACAAGACUUGCCACUCGCGCUUUGCUCGGUGCGAAGAAGCCAGGAGUUGUCGUGCUUGUCUCCUCAACAGUAGGACUUUCUUGGAGUUACCCUGCCGCCCUUUACUGUGCCACCAAGCACGCUUUGAUCGGUUUCACUCGCAGUAUGGCUCCUGCCGAGAGCUUGAAUGGAGUCAAAGUCGUUUGCCUGUGUCCAGGAAUCGUAGACACGCCACUUUGGCAGACUCGGGAAGGCCUAUCCGAACAAUUCUCAGUCAGCGAUAAAGUGUCCAUCACACCAGAAGACGUGGCUGCGGCGAUGGUCGAUUUGAUCGUCAAUGAGAAAUACAAAGGAGGGACGGUGUUGAAGGUCGAUAGAAGCGGAGUCAAGGUAAUCGAGUUCAGCGGAAAGACAAGGGAUUUGAAAGAUGAGGAUCUUGUAAAGGUGAAGGAUCGGAGCUUUGCACCUGUGCAAGAUUUGCUUGCGGCCGAGAUUGGGAGACCUUGGGGUGGAGUUUCGGAUCGUCUGUAA